UUAUAAGAUAAUAUCAGAGAUGCUUUCUUCAAAGAUGAAAGAAGAAGAGGAGGGUUUAUGACUCUCUCUCACUCCAUCGUUAAACCCCCAAUCCAAAGGAAGAAGAACAUAUCCUUCUGCACUACCUCUCACUAGAUUCAACCGCCCGAGGGACAAGGCUUUGAGUCUCACAAAUGGAUCCAAAGCUUCUGCUUCCUUCUCAUAAACCCUUGUUCGUCUCUUGCAACUCCCCCUUCAACGAAAGACCUCACCUUUCUAUCAAAUCCCGUCUCCCCAUCUCCACAAUCCGAGCUGCUUCAAAGUCUCAGUUCAUGGGGGAAGCUUUGAUUCUAGGGAACAAACAUGUCUCCUGGAGCGCUCCCCGGAAAAAAGCCCUCGAACCUGUGAGAGCUGCCGUGAAGAGAAGAAAAGAGCUCACAUUCGACAACGUCGUCCAGAGAGAUAAGAAGCUGAAACUCGUCUUGAACAUCAGGAAGAUCCUCGUGAGCCAGCCCGACAGGACCAUGUCUCUUAGAGGGUUAGGUAAGUACAGGAGAGAUCUAGGUUUGAAAAAACGCCGCCGUUUCAUAGCUCUCCUUAGGAAGUACCCUGGCGUUUUUGAGAUUGUUGAGGAAGGAGCUUAUUCGCUGAGGUUCAAGAUGACGUCGGAGGCUGAGAGGCUCUACCUCGAGGAGAUGAAGAUUAAGAACGAGCUCGAAGAUGUUUUGGUUGUUAAGCUGAGGAAGCUUGUGAUGAUGUCUGUUGAUAAGAGGAUACUCCUGGAGAAGAUCUCUCAUCUCAGGACUGAUUUGGGGCUUCCUCUGGAGUUUAGGGACACGAUUUGUCAGCGUUAUCCUCAGUACUUCCGUGUGGUUCCGACUCCUAGAGGUCCUGCUUUGGAGCUGACUAACUGGGAUCCUGAGCUUGCUGUGUCGGCUGCUGAGUUGUCUGAGGAGGAUAACAGGUUUAGAGAGUCGGAAGAGAGGAACUUGAUUAUAGAUAGACCGGCUAGGUUCAACAGGGUUCAGCUUCCGAGGGGUCUGAGUCUUUCCAAGAGUGAGACCAGGAAGAUAUUGCAGUUCCGUGACAUGGCUUAUAUAUCUCCUUACAAGGACUUCUCGCACUUGAGGUCGGGAACGCUUGAGAAAGAGAAGCAUGCUUGCGGGGUGAUUCAUGAGCUUUUGAGUUUAACGACCGAGAAGAGGACGUUGGUCGAUCACUUGACUCAUUUCCGUGAGGAGUUCAGAUUCUCGCAGCAGCUGAGAGGGAUGAUUAUAAGACACCCUGAUCUGUUCUACGUGUCUUUGAAAGGGGAGAGAGAUUCUGUUUUCUUGAGAGAGGCUUACAGGAACUCUGAGUUGAUAGAUAAAGAUCCUUUGACUCUCGUGAAAGAGAAGAUGCGUGCGCUCGUGUCUGUACCGAGGUUCCCAAGAAGAGGAGGACGCAUGAGAGUCAACGAAGAGGUUGAUGGGAGCGAUGUAACAGAGGGUGAGGAGGAGGAAGAAGAAGAAGAAGAAAGUGAUGAUGAUGAUGAUGAAGAAUGGUCUGAUGUGGAUGGUUACUUGGAAGGUGGGAAUGAUGAUGAAGGUGACUGGACUGAUGAAGAAGGAGAAGAUGAUGUGCCUCCUAACUUCGAUGAUGAUGAUGAAGAUAGUAUGAAGAUUGGAUUGAGUCCUUCAAGUAGUCCUAGAAAGAAGAAGGAUCUCACUCCUGUGUUCCCUGAUGGUACUCCAAGAGAAAAGUGGUAGAUCAUAUCAUUACUGAACUAGUUCCAUUGGAGUAAAAUGUUUGCUUUGUCUUGUAUCAUUCUCGAAUAUGAAACACUAAUCAUAAGCUUUUGUAUGUUGUAAGAACAUUUUUGAGGAUGAGUAAUUGCUUUCUUCUGCAGUGAA